GAAAAAUGCAGUCUGAAGGAAGACAAUUUCCGUAAACCAUAUUCAGAUACCAGUCGAUCCAGAAUAUUUCGGGAAAAAGGCAAAAUGCGCGGUGAUGACGUCCCGUCUGAUUGUGAGUGAUGUCGAUCUGUCGUACAAUCGCAGAUUUAUUAGUCAGAUUGCUGUCAGAUGAGUACUCAAAAAUAAAAGAAUAUUUACAGUGUAUUGUUUCAUGAAGAUUAAUCGUAUGUACGGAUUAUAAAGAUAUGGUUUAUCAGCGAUAAGGAAAAUUUCUGAACCUCGGACGCACAAUUUCUGAUCUGCAACUGAUUAAAUCUAUUUAUUUAUCUCACCAACGGUACGAAUCAACCGAUGAUUCACCUAUCAUCCUGGUUCAUUGACGAGCUGGGAUUCCUUCACCACUAGCUACAUUGGACAUUGGAAAACUUUUUAUUGUUGGAAGCAACAGCUUAGUGUUACUCUUGUGUUACCGAACAUAUAUUUCUCAGAAGAAAUUCACCACUUGAUUUCCACUAGAACGCAAUAUGUCAGGAGGUGAGAGAAAAAAGAGAGGCGGGGGUGGUGGUCAAGGAUGGGAAGAAGCUGGGGCUGAAUUCUACCAGGAAAGCUAUCCUGCAGCUAUUGAAGCUGAUUUACAACAGGCACUGCAAAGAGAUCCUUCUCAUAUCGCUACCCUAUUGCCCAGCAAGAAAACUCGCGUGGCCACAACAAAACGUGUUCGAAAUGAGCCACGAACCACUUUGAGACGAAGGACGAGUACCCGCUCCCGAGGAGCAAGUACGGUGAGGCGGAUGUCUACAAAUGUUCAUGAUGUAGCAGUGGCAAUGAUGCCCGACCUCUCUGAAAAUUUUUCAAAUGAAGAACGAAUUUGGGAAGAAAUAAUGCAAAUAAAAGCCAUGCCUGUCUGUAUGGCGCAGAAGAUACAGCUAAAAAAUCAGUUGCAGAGUGCAACAAAACUGCGGCUACAGGGGUUCGACCAGUUGAAAUGGCAGCGAAGAAAGGCAUGUCAAGAGUUUCGUGUUAGGUUGAAAGAGGCCUACUCAAAAAUGGAAUUGUGGCACCACAGUUUGAAAAAAAUUGAAGGAAACUUUGGUACAGGUAUCGUGGCAUAUUUCCUCUUCUUGAAGUGGCUGAUGUUCUUAAAUAUGUUGCUCUUUGUGUUGAUAUUUUCGUUUAUCGUGCUGCCAACGAUAUUAAUAGAGUCGCCUGAACCAGAGGUGUGUGUUGUGAAUUACAACGCUACAACUGCCUGUUGCUCAGAAUUGUAUCUUAACACAACAACAAGCUCAUCCACUGCCAUAACAGACCUUGUACAAGGAUCUGGAGCCCUGGAAUUUACCUUGUUGUUCUACGGUUUUUACACAUAUCAAGUAUAUGACACCGAUGGAAAUGGGCUAGUGUACAAUUUGCCCCUUGCAUAUAUUUGUACCAUGUUAGGAAUUUUCAUCCUAAGUCUGGUGGCAAUUGUUAGAUCUGCAGCUCGGGGAUUUAAGGAAAGAGUUGUAGAGGGCGAGGGGCAGUUCUAUCAGUAUUGUAACUUAGUAUUUGGUGGGUGGGACUACUGCAUUCAUAAUGAAAAGUCCGCGGCGAUAAAACAUAAGGCAUUGUACAACGAAAUGAAAGCAUUUAUAGAGGCAGAGAGAAUGGAAGACGAAAAACAAAAUCGUACCAGAGAGGAAAAAAUAAAACUAUUUUUGAUUCGUAUAGUCAUUAAUCUUAUGGUGACAACAAUUUUGUUAGGCUGUGCUGCAUUUAUUUAUUACAUCAUUCAAUUUUCCUUCGAUCGCGUCUCGACCACAGAAAUUAGCAAUGAAUCAGAUAGUUACAUAUCACUGCCUAAUAUCACGCGAUUAUUUUAUGAGUACCUACCAUAUUUAUCUAUAGUUUGCUUGAACUUGACGAUUCCGUUUUUAUUUGGGUACUUGAUAGCGUUAGAGAACUACAGCCCCUCGUUCGUUAUCAGAUUAAGUCUGCUGCGAACUGUCUUCCUACGGCUUGCUUCUCUCUGCGUUUUGCUGAUGACAUUUUACAAUCUUAUUGUCCAAGAAAUUGCCGAUAGCGAAUGUUACAACACCAAUGAUCGUCAGCCUAUUUGCUGGGAAACGUACGUUGGUCAACAGAUCUUCAAGCUGUAUGUAGUUGAUCUUUUUUUGCAAUUCUUCGUCACAUUCUUCAUAAACUUUCCACGAUCUUUGAUUGCCCGGCAUACAGAGAAUAAAAUAUUGCAAUUUAUGGGUGAACAGGAAUUUGAUCUUCCCAAACAUGUAUUGGAUAUUGUAUAUUCACAAACGCUUUGCUGGCUUGGCUGCUUCUUUGCCCCUCUUCUACCCCUAAUGGCAAUAUUAGGUUCAUUCCUCCUUUUUUACAUCAAAAAAUUUGCUUGUCUCGUAAACAGUACACCUUCGAGUCAAGUGUACAGAGCGAGUCGUUCCAAUUCACUAUUCAUGUUUAUUUUAUUGCUCUCUUACACGUUGGCCAUUAUUCCAGUCGUUUAUUCCGUUGCUGAACUUUUCCCAUCAAAGUCUUGUGGACCUUUUAGAGGUCAAAAUACAGUGUGGGAAUUGAUUAUUACCACUUUUACGGAAUUCCCCAACUGGCUGCAAACAGUUUUAUUUUUCUUCGGCACCGCUGGUUUUGGCGUUCCAGCGUUCAUUGUACUCGCAUUAAUGUUAUAUUACUACUAUGCAGUUUCUUCUGCUAACAAGCAUAUGAUCACAGUCUUAAAGAAUCAGCUGGUACUUGAGGGACAUGACAAACAGUUUUUACUGAAUCGGCUGAGUGCCUUCAUCAAACAACAGCAGGAUCAGGCAAAAUUUAGACAGGAACAGCCUAGUGAGUUGAGUAACUUUAUGUAGAUAUAGUUUUUUGACUUUCAUUCACUUUGGAAACUUUUGUACCUUGGAAACUUACGACAUAAUUAGUUCGAUAUAUCAACAAAUUAUCUUUUUGUUGAUAAUAUUAUUCUUGUCACUGAGCAUGUUACUCAUAAUCUAGUCUUAUAGGUGACUCCUUAUUAUUUUAACCGAAGUAGGUAUAAUCUAAGUUCAUUGUCAUAUUUUAUCUAUUGUUUAAGUUAGCUGGAGCUGCUCUUUACUUGAGUUACAGUAUGAUUUUGUUUUCACAUCCAAGUCGAAUUGUAUUUAUAUGUAUACAAUUUGUGUAUACGUUUCUCUAAAUAUGUUUCUUUCUGUAGAAAGGAAAUGAUCAUGAACGAAAAAUCUGCCAGGAUAAGGAUAGGCACAGAAAUUAAACAUUGCCAUAAUUUAUAUAAUACUGAAGUCCUAAAAUACUAAGGGCUUUGGUGAAUGAUGAGGUAAUUACAAAUAAACAAGUAAGCAUAAAUUCGUUACGUUUAUGUAUCGUUGGACACUUUUCUUAAUUAUUGGAAUGUCAAAAUAAUAAUCUGAUUUUAUUAGAGACCGCUUUUAAAAGCUUGACUGGUUAAUAUUAGAGAAAAUGAGUGUACGAACAACCCCAGUCCUAAAGCCAAUGAUUUUUAAUUAGCUAAGCAAAAUUGUAUGGCUCCAAUUGAUUCUGUGCAAUGCUAAAAAUAAAUAAUAUUGUUGAUCAGCAAUCUGCAUUUGCAAGGAAUGGACAGGAAACUGAUUGGAAAAAUAGGUGGCUGUGAUUUUGAUAAACUAUGUAAGUAAUCUAACGAAAUUUCGUCAAAGGCCAAUAUACAUAAUCAUGUUCACUGUCAUAUAUAGACUACAGAUGACUAGACGAUAAUAUAGCGCCUAAUAAUUAACAAUUUCAUUCCAUCGGAAUAUCAGGGAGAAUAUUUUUGUCUGACGAUUGGUCAGAAGGCCUCUAAUCAUUCAAUUAUUUUAAGACUUUAACGGCUACACAUUAAUGUAUAGUUGAAUGGUUUCCCAGGUAAAUAGAAAUUACUAUACUGAAGACUUUAUGUACUAUAUACAAAGGAUUAAUAAUUAUGUAGCAUAGCUUAGACAGUAAGUUUGUUUAAGUAAGUUAUUAGUUUCUAUAGCCGCCCCAUACAAUUAUCACAGAUAGUCUGAAAGCAUGUUACUAUCUGUAAAAAUUUAUUUUACAGAAAAUACCUAUUUUAAGUGCAAGCGUAGUAUUAAUAGUUUAAAAGUAUGGUAUGUAUACUUACUGUGUAACAAAAAACAAAAAAAAUGAAAAAAAAAAAAUAUACAUCAUGGUGAAGAUGAAAGACAAUGCUAAAAGAGUUCUGAACAUAAAUUUACGACGCAUGACUUAGAAGAUAAGAACUUAUUCAGUUGCUUAUUUGGAUCAAUAACGACUAACAUACAGCUCAACAAACUUUACGAGGUGUUGCGAUUGUAAAUUUAUUUCUGUUCUCUGAAAAAAUAUAGCUUAUCAGUCCAUGAGUAUUGGAACUAUGUAACCUCGACAUAACUAAGGGUAGAAAUGUAUUUCAAUUUAAUGAAUAUACAUUUUAUUCUGUAAAUAUGAUAUAAAUUUUCUGAUCAUAAUGAGAUAAUAAAUGCAUAAUGUUAAAUAGUAAA